CAACAAGUCGUUGACUGUAUGUUGAUGUUGAUUGUUGAUCAGUUUAUACGCGCUAACGGCCAAUUGCGCGCGCAUUUCCAAAAAAAGGAAGUAGUGAUCGGAAAUCACAGAUAAAUAAAUCUAAUUAUUUUCAAUACUUUAUUAAAGUGCGCUUACUAAAAAACCAGCCAUGCCAGAUCAAGAGGUAGAAUGGAAUCAAGAGUUAGUUUCCUUAAAGGACUGGUUGAGCAACCAACCGCAUUUACCCCACGAUGUCGAGGAUGUUUUACUUCGUCGCUUCUACAUUAGCUGCGGCCAGAAACUAGAACGUGCUAAGCGCACCAUAGACUUAUUUUUCACCAUACGGUCAUCAGCUCCAGAACUGUUCUGCAAAAGAGAUCCUUGUUCACCGGAGAUACGACGCAUUUUUGAAAUAUGUGACUUAAUCCCCUUACCUAACAAAACAAAGGAGAAUUACAAAGUGUUUGUAUACCGACUAAAUAACCCGAAUUUGGAUUUAUUUAACUUCGUGGAUGCGGUUAAAACAUUCUUCAUGUUAAUCGACACGAGGUUGACUGAAGAAGAUGAAAUUCCUUCGGGAGAAAUUCCUAUAUUCGACGCACAUAAUAUUACUUUGAGGUUCAUUGGAAAAAUUAAUCUGUCAGUUCUAAGGAAAUACAUGAUGUACACUCAGGAAGCUAUCCCAGUGAGGCUAAAACAAGUGCAUGUAAUCAACGCACCGGCGUAUAUUGGAAGAAUUUUUGCUCUUUGCAAACCUUUCCUGAAGUCUGAAGUUGCUAAAUUGAUAAAAUUCCAUGAGCCGAAUUCCGAGACCAUUCACAAAGAUAUUCCUAAAGAGUUGUUCCCGUUCGAGUAUGGAGGUCAAGCUGGUACCAUAGAUCAGAUCAAGAGGUAUUGGAUCAAACGUGUUGAAGCGAAGAGAGAUUGGUUCCUAAAGAACGACGCUCGUUGGGCGGUGAAUGAAAAACUGCGAUCGAUGGAUUGCCAGAGCGAUGCUGUCAAAAAAGUUCAGGAGUUGCCAACCUCCUUCCGAUCGCUUGCCUUAGACUAAUAUUGCCUGUAGAUAAAUAAUAAAAAUCGAGAACUAAAUAUUUUAAAUACAUAUCGUAUCAAAAUAAUGGUUGAAUUAUUGAUAUUGCCACGGGUUUUAAGUACCUAUUUAAAUUGUGAAUAUAAAAUAUGAGUUGUACGUAUUCGAGUUCAAAUAAUAUAAGUAACAAAGUAAUUGUGAUAGAUAGAAUCAUUUACAUUUCACAAUUUUCAAACUCUGUGAUAUUCAUGUUUGAAAGUUUAAAUUGGAUCAUAUAUUUUUUUUAUUUCGUAGAAAUGCUUAUCAAAUAUUUAGAUUUAAAUAAUAGUAUUAUUUUUUCAGGCCUGAAAUAGGAUUUAUUGAUUAGAAUUUACAAAAAACUGUGCUACUUACAAUAAUUUUGGAUAAAUAUUAAAUAAAAUAAAAAAACAAAUGAAAUAAUUGUUUAUGACAAUUUUGUAAAGUUAGGUGUGCAUUUUUAUACGUUAAUAUUAUUUAUGUUGUAUUAAUUUGUAAGUAAUACAAAUCUUUAAUCAUUGAAAAAGAAUGCCUAUUUAAUAAAAUUGUAUAACUUAAAAUAAAUUAAGGACAUGAGUGUAUAUGACAUGUACAUUGUACAUAUGUGAUGCGACUCAUCAUACAAUCCUGAGUCCUAAGCCUGAGUCUUAAAUAAAAGCUAAUUACAAACAUUA